CUUUGUGGUGUAAUUGUUAUGCGUCCAGAAGACCCACUUACAUUUUUAGAAGAAAAACUCAGAGGAAUAAUGGAAAAGGGAUUAGAUGCUGUCCUUUGGUAUAUGCGUAUGGAUCUGUCUUUACACCCAAAAUUAAAGAGGAUUUCAGAAACUUACCUGAGCACUGUUUUUGGACUAGAUGGUGAACAACUGAUGACUGAAGAAUUAUGUACCAAAGCAUGGGACUUUUACAGCAGAAACUUAAUGAAGCUGUAUUUUGGAGGAUGGAUAAAAUAUAAUCUGCUGAAAAAGAACAAAAGAAAAAAGGCAAAGCAGAAGAUGGCUCUAGCAGUAGUCCAUUAUAACGUCCAAAUAUUAAGAGUUAUUAUGCAGAAGUGGAGCAUGUGGGUACAGAUUCACAAGGAAAAAAUGACAUCAGACAUGGGAGCUGUUAGGGAAAUGGAGUGUAUGUCAGAAGUACAGGGUGGAGUGAGUCAGGAUGCUUUUCUGGAAGGUGAAGAGUACAGUAAUAGGGAUAAAACAGGAUGGAUCACAGAGUUGGAGUCAGCUUGGAGUCAGUUAGAGAUUUUCCGUUAUGUAAAUUUAGUUGAUCUGGCAAGAUGUGCUCAGGUUAGCCAAACGUGGAUGCUACUAACUCAGAACAGUUCGUUAUGGAGUGAUAUCAAUUUUUCAUCAGUGAAGCAUAAAGUUCAGGACCAAAUAGUAGUAAAUAUUUUGCAGAAGUGGCGUCCAUAUGUAUUACAUUUGAAUUUUCGAGGUUGCUAUUCUCUUCACUGGCCUACCUUUAAAAGUAUCAGUGAAUGUAAGAAUUUGCAAGACUUAAAUCUCUCUGAAUGCCAGGGAUUAAAUGAUGAAUCAAUGAGACUCGUAUCAGAAGGCUGCAGAGCUCUUCUCUAUUUAAAUCUGUUGUAUACAGAUAUUACUGAUGGAACACUACGACUAUUGUCAAGCAGCUUCCCCAAUUUACAAUAUUUGAGUUUAGCUCACUGCAGAAAGUUUACAGACAAAGGUUUACUGUACCUGGGCACUGGAAAAGGCUGUCACAAGCUCAUCUAUUUGGACCUUUCAGGUUGCAUUCAGAUUUCAGUUGAUGGCUUCAGAAAUAUUGCCCGUGGCUGCAGUGGGAUUCAAGAUUUGCUAAUCAACAAAAUGCCAACUCUUACAGACAGAUGUAUUCAAGCUCUGGUUGAAAAAUGCCAACAGAUAGUGUCUGUUGUCUUUCUUGACUCUCCACAUCUUUCUGAUACAACUUUUAAAGCCCUUGCUGAAUGUAAACUUGUCAAGGUCAGCAUUGAAGGGAAUAGCCAAAUUACUGAUUUAAGUUUCAAACUGAUGAGUAAAUUCUGUCCAUACAUCAGGCACAUUCAUGUGGCUGAUUGCCAGAAGAUUACAGAUGCUGGUCUUGAGAUGAUUUCACCAUUGAAGCAUAUUCUUGUACUGAAUAUAGCAGACUGCAUAAGAAUCAGUGAUGGAGGUAUAAGGUCAUUUGUACAAGGUUCUUCAGGAACUAAGCUAAGAGAGCUGAAUUUGACUAAUUGUAUUCGUGUCACUGAUCUUUCUGUCACAGAAAUAGCACAAAGAUGUCAUGAAUUGACCUACCUAAACCUGCGUUACUGCGAAAAUGUGACUGAUGCUGGAAUUGAAGCUUUGGGAAAUAUGUCAUCAUUGAUAUCCAUUGAUCUCUCUGGAACCAGCAUCUCAGAUAUGGGCUUGAAAGCCCUUGGCCGCCGUGGAAAAAUAAAAGAACUUUCUGUAUCAGAAUGCAAAAACAUCAGCGAUACUGGGAUUCAGGAGUUCUGCAAGGGCACGAGAUACCUGGAGCACUGCUGUGUCUCUUCCUGCCCUCAGCUGACAGAUGAAGCUGUGAACACAAUGGCAUUUCACUGCCACAGACUAACAUCUGUCAGCAUAGCGGGUUGCCCAAAGAUGACUGAUACCUGUAUCCAACACUUGGCUGCAGCCUGCCAUUAUCUCCACUUCUUGGAUGUCUCAGGUUGCAUUCAACUUACUGACAAAGCACUGAAAUAUCUUUGGAAAGGCUGUAAGCAACUCCAGAUUCUCAAGAUGCUGUACUGUAGAAAUAUUACCAAACAAGCUGUCUCAAAAGAUACAGACAAAUUGGAGAAACAAGAACAUAAUGAUGCUGACCCUCCUUCCUGGCUUGGAUAGGAUCAGGAUGGUAACAUACUCACCUUCACCAAAAAACACCAAUAAACAAAUUCUUCAGAAUGAAAAAUGAAGAAAUUGCACAACAUCUACAGUUGUGGUUUUUUUUUUCACUAGAGCAUGAAAAGAACACUGUAUUAUUUUACUUAAAACUAAUCACACUUUAAUAAAAGGCUGUUUGUUGAAUUAGUAAGAAAGCAUUGGGAAUCCUUCUUGCAGGAGCGUGUGUGCCUUCAAGCAAGACAGCCGUACUAAAACAACACUGAUAACUUUCAGAUGUUGAUUCAAGCUGUCUUCAUCUUUCAGUAAUGAAAGUUUUUGUAGUCCCGUGCAGAGCAAGCAAUAAAUAAAUCUCUGUGUGUGUCUGGGGUUCUUGUUUGUCCUCUUUGAAGGUCCUCUCCAGGACAUAAACACUCUGGCUUCCCACAGAACUUCACACUUGCCAUGGCUGGUACUCAUCAAGUACAGUGUUCUUGAGCAACGAAGAACAGGUAGUGACUACCCCUUCCUUAAGACACAACUAUACAUGCAUGUCUAAGAACAGUUUUCUACUUCUCAACAGACAUUUGUGCACCCAGAGCCCUAAUUCUCCUAAAAGUCUCUCAGACUGAGUUCAACUCUCUGAGAUGAUGUUUAUAUCUGUAGAUCUAGCUGGCAGCUGACAGUCACACCACAUAAAAAGGAGCACGAAUGAAAAGAAGUGUUAAAGGUUAGGUUUUCUCCAGUUACAAGAACAUGUCUUCUCAUCAAAUGGACAAAAAACCCAAGCACACAAGGGAUUUGCUAUUCAAGUCCUAAUUACUAAUAACCCGGUAAUCUUUCCUUGUCUAGAGAAAAAUAUAAAGUUUCACCUCAUCAUAGCAGAACAAGACAUUACUCAAAUGCCUUUGGGGAAACUCCGAAAGAUUUGUCUUUCUUCAUCUCAUUCUUGACCUUUAUGUUAAAGUUCUAGCUGGUCUCAACAUUUAUUAGCUUGGAAAGACUAUAAUCAGAAUAGCUUUAGCAGUAGCACAAUUUUUCUGAUGGCUUAUUUAAACUUCUUUAAGCAAGUAACUAACAAUCCUAAUGUUUAAUUCCAGCUAGUUUUAGAAUAUGAAUGCCUUGCUUUCUUUUGAACAUGAAAGAAAUAAAAUAUUUUCUUACUGUGUUCUC